AUGACAAACCUCAAGCAUGCAAACCUCCUUCCCGCACUCGGUGUCGUCUACGAUGAUAUGAACGCUGCAUUCGGUUGUCGCCAAGUCGCCAGAAUGGCAGGAUUUGUGAUGCUCUCUGACAAUGUGUGGAAGCUCUGCGUCAGGUACGGUAGCAUCGAACGAACCACCGGACUCCUACUUGAAGCCAUUGCAGACUCCAAGCUUCAAGUCAGGGACAUGCGGCUGUCGGAUUCUUACUGCAGUCGCGCGCUCAUCCUUGUCAUGGGUGAUCCCUCCAAGGCACCGAGUUUGUGUCAGAGUUUCGGCUCGCUGGCGUAUCUUGAGCUGAAUUGCAUGUAUGCACUCUUGCCGCAAAAGAAGAGCCUUGACCCCUUCUUGAGAGUGCUCGAGGUGUCCAAAACUCUGCAGCACCUCUCGCUAUUCCACAUAACAGGCCAAGUGAAGAUUCGAGACCUGUUCGCCAAGAUCGCCACGAUUUGCUCCCGCCACGAACUGAAGUCCGUUAAGCUUGUAAAUGGCAGCGUAACUGCAGGAGAGAUUCGCAUGCUGCUCGAUCCUCACAAACCAACACUGGAGAGCCUGAAGCUUGACGACUUGGACGCUUUCAACGAUCAAUCAGACUCGUACACGUUCCGCUCCCUCUACUCCACACUUGCAGAGGACUUCACCUUACGCGAGUUCACUCUGAAGGACUUGUGGGAAAUGAGGACCGGGGCCUUGGAAUAUGACGUGCAGUUCGAAGGCGUGGAAGAGGUUCGGAAGGGACUUGAAAACCUGACGAAACGAACCGGUCUCUUCAAGCAAGACUGA